AAUAAGCAUUCGGGGAACUAGAAACUAGAACAAAAAGGAAGCGGUGGCAGUCAAAAUUUAUUGUCAAGCAUACAAUUGAAUGUUUUGGCCGCGUCACUUCACAGAUAAAAUAAAAUUUCUAAAUUAUAUCGUCGGACACUAUUCAACAAAUUUUCAGUGCCAUUUCCAACCGCAGCAGCAACCACGACCACGACACAGAGUCGACGAGACCACUCAAUUAUUAAGAACCGACAGUCGAGCUCCGUGGCAACCUCGAACAUACACUGGAAUGGCGGACCAAGUGACGUAUCUGGAUGUGCCCGAUAAGUCUGAGAACGACAAGAAAUUGUACAAAUCCCUUGUGUUGGGCAAUGGUCUGCACGCUUUGAUCGUCUCGGACCCCAGUCCAGUGCCCGAUGAUGGCAUCAGCAGCACCGAGUCGUCGGAGGAGGGGGAAAAGCUGAGCGAAUCAAGCAGCAGCUCCUCCGAUUCCAGCAGCGAAACCAAUUCGUUAAGCUCGGAGAGUGGGAGCCAAGCAAGCAGCGAAACGGGCGACGAGAAGUUGGCCGCCUGUGCCUUGAUGGUUGACUACGGUUCGUUCGCUGAGCCGCGUAAUUAUCAGGGCCUGGCCCACUUUCUGGAGCACAUGAUCUUCAUGGGCAGCGAAAAGUAUCCGGAGGAGAAUAUCUUCGAUGCGCACGUUAAGAAAUGUGGCGGCUUCAGCAACGCCAACACCGACUGCGAGGACACGCUGUUCUACUUUGAGGUGGCCGAGAAACACUUGGACUCGAGCCUGGACUACUUCACAGCCUUGCUGAAGCAUCCGCUGAUGAAGCAGGAGGCCAUGCAGCGCGAGCGCGUUUCCGUCGACUCCGAGUUCCAGCAGAUAGCCCAAGAUGAUGAGACUCGUCGCGACCAACUGCUGGCCAGCCUGGCCACCGAAAACUUUCCGCAUGGCACCUUCACCUGGGGCAACUUGAAGACUCUCAAGGACAACGUUGACGACGAUGCGCUGUACAAGGUAUUGCACGAGAUCCGGCGGGAGCACUAUUCGGCUAACCGAAUGUACGUCUGCCUGCAGGCACGCCUGCCCCUUGAGGAGCUGGAGGCAAUGGUGGUGCGGCACUUUGCGGAAAUAGUCCGCAACGAUAGCAAGGCGCCGGAUCUGACCAAGUUCGAUUAUCGGCAAGCCUUCCGUCCGGAAUUCCACGAGCAAGUGUUCUUCGUGAAGCCUGUGGAGAACGAGUGCAAGGUGGAGCUGACCUGGGUGCUGCCCAGUGUCCGUCAGUACUACCGCAGCAAGCCCGACCAGUUCCUCUCCUACCUGCUCGGCUACGAAGGCAAGGGCAGUCUGUGCGCCUACUUGCGGCGACGCCUGUGGGCCCUCCAGCUGAUAGCUGGCAUAGACGAGAACGGUUUCGAUCUGAACACCAUGUACUCCUUGUUCAAUGUGUGCAUCUACCUGACAGACGAGGGAUUCAAGCACAUCGAUGAGGUGCUGGCCGCCACCUUUGCCUAUGUGAAGCUCUUCUCCAACUGCGGCUCCCUGCGUCGACUGUACGAAGAGCAGCAGGCCAUUGAGGAGACGAAUUUUCGGUUUCAGGCGCAGCGUCCAGCCUUCGACAAUGUCCAGGAGCUGGUCUUCAACAGCAAGUACUAUCCGUCCAAGGAUGUGCUGACGGGCAAGGAGCUCUACUACAACUACGAUGAGCAGCAUCUCAAUGAGUUGAUCGGACACCUCAACGAUUUCAAGUUCAAUCUUAUGAUCACCUCGCAGGACAAGUACGAGGGCAUAACCUACGACAAGCAGGAGGCGUGGUUCGGCACCGAGUACACCACUGUGCCAAUGCCAGCCAAGUGGAAGCAGUUGUGGACCGAUUCGAAGCCCAUGGAGCAGCUCUUCCUGCCCGAGCCCAAUCGCUUUGUCGCCCACGACUUCAAGCUGUUCGGGAGCGGCAAAGGCAAGCCCGAUCUGCCCGCCUAUCCCAAGAAGCUGCUCAAGACUGACACGUGUGAGCUGUGGUUCCGACAGGAUGACAAAUUUGAGCUGCCCGAGGCCUACAUGGCCUUCUACUUCAUCUCACCUCUGCAACGGCAGAGUGCCAAGAAUGAUGCCAUGUGCGCCUUGUACGAAGAGUUAGUCAAAUUCAAUGUUUGCGAGGAACUGUAUCCGGCGACCAGUGCCGGGCUGAGCUACAGCUUCAGUGCCGGGGAGAAGGGUUUGCUGCUGAAGGUGAGCGGCUACAACGAGAAGCUCCAUCUGAUUGUGGAGGCCAUUGCCCAAGGCAUGGUCAAUGUGGCCGACACCCUGGAUGAGAGCAUCAUGACAGCCUUCAUUAAAAAUCAGCGCAAGGCCUACUUCAAUAACCUGAUCAAGCCGCGUGCCCUCAACCGGGAUAUCCGCCUGUGUGUACUGGAGCACAUUCGCUGGCUGACAAUCGACAAGUACAAGUCGCUCAAUGACAUCAGUCUAGCGGAUCUGAAGGGAUUUGCUCAGAAGUUCCCGCAGGAGCUGUAUGUCCAGGCCCUCAUUCAGGGCAACUACACGGAAGAGUCGGCCCACAAUGUGCUGAAUGCGGUGCUCAGUCGCCUCAACUGCCAGAACAUUAAGGAGCGUCAAUAUGUCGAGGAUCGCACAGUGCAACUGCCGCUGGGCAGCCACACCAUCCGUUGCCAUGCCCUCAAUAGCAGCGACACGAAUACUGUGAUCACGAACUUCUAUCAAAUCGGACCGAACUCGGUGCGCGUGGAGAGCAUUCUCGACCUGAUGAUGAUGUUCGUCGAUGAGCCGCUCUUCGAUCAUCUCCGGACUAAGGAGCAGCUGGGCUACCAUGUGGGCGCCACAGUACGCGUCAAUUACGGCAUCGCCGGCUACUCCAUAAUGGUGAAUUCGCAGGAGACGAAGACAACGGCCAGUUAUGUUGAGGAGCGCAUCGAAGCGUUCCGCCUCAAGAUGCUGCAAAUCCUCAGGAAAAUGCCAAUGGACGACUACGUUAGCACCAGGGAAUCUCUGAUCAAGCUGAAGCUGGUCGCCGAUAUGGCCCUGUCCACGGAGAUGGGACGCAACUGGGAGGAGAUCCUUAACGGGGACUACCUCUUCGAUCGUAAUCGCAGGCAGGUCGAUGUACUACGCACCCUAAACAAGGAGGACAUCAUUAGCUUCCUCAUCGAAACGGAUGCCACCAACUUGCGCAAGCUAUCGGUGCAGGUCAUUGGGCAUCGUCCAGUGGAUAUGAACGAGACUCUGGUGGCUGUUUUGGACGAGAAUGUCAAGACGGUGGCCGGUGACCACGGGCCCAAGGAUGCUGAAGGGGAGCCGAGCGACGAGGACGGGGACGGUGACGCCGAAAUGGCCGAGGACGACGACCAACUAUUCGAGGCCCUGGCCAAUAAGAUGAACAUCGUGUUCCUGCCAAAGGACGGUGAUAUCACCUCAAUUGUAGACAUCUCAAAGUUCAAGAGCGGCCUCGAGGUCUACCCCACGCGAAAGGCGAUUCAGGGAGGCGAGGAAAGCAGUCGAACCGCUCGCAUCGAAGACGCUUUAAGCAAUACGUGAGCCGGACAUACCGUACGCAACACCCACAACCUCUCUCGGACCUAGACCCGGACCAAGUCGGACAAGUCAGUCAGUUCAUCGGCGCCACUCCCAAUGCCAGACGGGAGUCUUCACCUUCUACCAGCGCAAUCAACACAACCCACAUGGAGACAAGUUAAAAUGCAUUUUGUUUCAAGUAUGGAACACCUCAGACGAUCAUUUUCCAAUUGAAAUGAAUAGAGUAACCAAAACUUUAUAUAUUGUAUGAAUAAACAAUUAAAUCUAAAAGUGAAA